AUGACCCAGCUGGCCCAUCGGCUAGGCACUGGUCGAAGAGACUUGCAGUUUGGUCUCAGUGGCACUGGUUUUUUCGCCAACAAUGAAGAAAUGAGAAGUGGAAAGCUGAGCGAAUUCGAGGCUCGGAUCAGGUUCGAUUGCCAAUAUUUUGCAAGAGCAGCAAAAGAUCCGUACGGGAGGAAGAUUAGCCGCCUCAGGAGUUUGGAAAAAUUCUUCAUGCGCAUCAUGGAAGAAGCUGGUAAUCCAGCAAGAAAGUGGAACUGA